AUGUCAGAAGAGGUUGACAGGAACAAGGUGUUUCAAACCAUCAGGGUGCGGACUUCACUGAAGAAUGAUGGCUGUUGGAUCCAGAAUUCAAAACAGGAAAAGGAAAAGCAAGACAAAGCAAGUACGGUCCAGGCUUCUCCAGUCAAGCAGAAUUCAUACGUCUUGUCCACAGCCAAGAGAUUUGAAUCAGUAGAUUCUCCACCGAGCGCUGCUCUCCAAAAGGCACAGUUUUCUCCAUCUAAAGGCGAUUCAGCUGAUCAGGCAAAUGCUGAAGUUAUUCCUCCCCAAAAAGAUGCUCAGCCUGAGGAGUCAACAGUGGAGAGCACAGAUGACGGAAAGCCCCAAGCACCCACAGAAGAACUGAACGGUGAGGCACAACCAAAACAUUCAGUUGUCAACACAACUGCAAAAAACAAGGAAGAACAUGCUGAUGCAACAAUUGACCUGUCAAACGUAGAACAAGUUGAGGCCGAAGUGUCUGCAGAUACUCAUGUGGAAGAUCUUGUUGCAGAAACCUCUGCUGCGGCUGUCACAGAGGAGAGUAAUGACACCGCUGAAGUCCCUGCUGCGCCUGCGGUCAAACUGAAACCUCAAGAGAACCCUUCAAUCGAAACAGAGCCAGCUAAUUUGACACGUUUGGAGGAUGCAGGAACAGUAUCAACUGUUCAACUGGCAGAGGGAAGCUGUGAGGAGGAUCCUUUAGAACAGGCUACUGCAGAUGUUGUUAAAGCUGUAAUUGAGGGUGCCGUGAAGUCAUUCCCUGAGACCCCUGCUGUGACAGAUGCGGCAGGAGAAGAGGCUCCUCUACAUGUCAGUGUUGAACCAGUUCCUGACUUAGUGACAGAGACUGUGUCCGAAUCACCUACCCAAGCUGAAACUGCAGUCAAGUCUGUAGAGGGUGAGGUCGAGUCUGCAGCCUUAGCAGAGAUACUUUUGAAAACCAGAGCCACUGAGGCGGUUGAAGUUCAGCUUGUUGAUAACACUGUUGUUGAACCAACACCUGAGAGAGCAGCAGAUCCUGUCGUGGAGUUGAACAUCAAGGAUGCUCUUGAAUCUAAGCGUUGGACGUGGAGCCACCGAACACUGAAGCUGCUCCCGAGCCUCUGCAAGAUCUAA